CAAUAUUUCUUUGAAGCACGAUAUAAAAAGUAAAAAUAAAUAAAAAACAUAUCAUUGAUAUCGAUAUAGACUGGAUUUGAUGCGGAGGUCUAAUGUUUCAAAAUGGCGCCGCCCUAGUGCAAGCUAGUUACGUUAGCUGCGUAUCUUGUGCGGCGUUUUUUUGUGUUUAAUAGUGCUAUAUUUAUUACUUUUCUUGGUCUUUUGUGCCAUACCGACCCCUUAAGCAGGUGUGUGUGCACUUAUGGAUGUUCAUCUUUUUAUAUUUGUAACUUGCCGCUUGCAUUCAUUGUUUACACUCGGGAGUAGCUGCUAUUCAGUGGAGAUUGUUGACAUUUUAAUUAAACUUUUGUCAAAACUCACUUUGUGGGAAAAAAUGGGGAUUUAAAUUGAUAUUCAAACUGGUCCUUACCCCCAACACGGCAAGAUUUGUCUGCAGUAGGCUGUGCAUUGCCCCACUAUCAUCGUCCAGGUAAUGAUGUGAAGGCAUCCACAGGCUCUCCAUUUCUUCUUCUUCUUCACAGAUGUCCAUGUCAACAUCUGCACAAGCCAUGCCGGACUCGGUCAUUCAAGGAGCUUUGCAGCUAAAAAGACAAGAGGGAGGCGAAGGUUCCUUCCCUCACUUCCUCCUUCAACAGCAGAAGAUCACUGAUUGAUUUCAAGUCAUCUUUGAACGUCGGAGGACCAUGAGGAAAACCUUUGUGUGCGAUGACUCCAUGAUCAUCACCAUUCCCAUCGGGAGACGCACGCACGGACGCGGUCAUGUGAUGCCCAGAGAGUUCCAGUGUGUGUACCGGGAUACUUUCAAGGUUUUUGCUAUCAGGGGAUUUCCAAAACCUCUCGGGGCAGCACAAUGCCUGACUGGACUUUGGCUUGUCAUUCUUGGUCUGAUAUUUCAUCAGACAGGAAGUGUGUUCCACAUCUUUCCCAACAUUCUGUUUCUUCUGUGUGGAAUGCUGACCUUUGCUGCAGGCCAUGUCCCAAACAUGCGUGUGAUCAAAGUGUCAUUGUGUCUGAACAUCGUCGGUUUCUUCUGGUCGGUGGUGGCAGUUUGUCUCUCCGUCACGGACUACCAUUUGUCUCAGCAUUUCAACAAGCUUCACGUGGCCGUCAAGGUGACGACCGUGAGCCUGCUGGUUGUGGAGAACCUGACCGCCCUGUUUCUAAUCUACAGGCAGAGUAAAGCUGUUUGCAGGCAACAUUUCAACACCCUGCCCAUUAUUCAGCUGAAACACGAGGACUGAUGCACUUGAACACACCAGCAAGUUUUCAUCUGUUUGUAAUGUGAUCAGGAUGUCAGUACUUAUUUAUUGUAUUAUUCUGCAAGCGACUAUGAAUUGCUUGAAGAUAUGCCCAAUGCCCACUUGUUGUACAUUGGGUUUGUUUUUUAUUCAUUAAGGUCUCUUUUGUGUUGAGUUGUUUAAAAAAAAUAAUAAUAACAUUUUAUCCAGUCUCCUGUUGCUAGGUGUAUUAAUAAUUUCAAAAUGGGCUUUCAGAUGUACACUUUGUAUCGAUAAAAAAAU